AUGGCCGAAUCAGCGUCCCCGAUUGGUAUCGCCAAUCUCCCCAACCAACGUCACAAGAUCGUCGCCAAGCGCGGUGCCGCCUUCACCAUAAUGGUUGCUGGCGAGUCGGGCCUGGGAAAGACGACCUUCAUCAACACUCUUUUCUCCACCACCAUCAAGAACUACGCCGACCACAAGCGCCGCCACGCCAAGCAGGUCGACAAGACCGUCGAGAUCGAAAUCACCAAGGCUGAGCUGGAGGAGAAGUUCUUCAAGGUCCGCCUCACCGUCAUCGAUACCCCUGGCUUUGGCGACUACGUCAACAACCGCGACUCAUGGCAACCCAUUAUCGAGUUCCUCGACGACCAGCACGAGUCGUACAUGCUCCAGGAGCAGCAGCCGAAGCGUACCGAGAAGAUCGAUCUGCGUGUCCACUCCUGCUUGUACUUUAUCCGCCCCACGGGCCACACUCUCAAGCCUCUCGACAUUGAGGUCAUGAAGCGUCUCUGCACCCGUGUCAACCUUAUCCCGGUUGUCGCCAAGGCCGACACGCUCAGCCCCAUCGAUCUGGCCAAGUUCAAGGCUAGGGUUCGCGCCGUCAUCGAGGCCCAGGGCAUCAAGAUCUACCAGCCCCCGCUUGAGGAGGAUGACGAGGCCGGUCUCCAGCACGCCCGCAGCCUGAUUUCCGCCAUGCCUUUCUCCGUCAUUGGCUCGGAGAAGGAUGUCCAGACCAACGACGGCCGCACCGUCAAGGGUCGCCAGUACGCCUGGGGUGUUGCCGAGGUCGAGAACGAGGAGCACUGCGAUUUCAAGAAGCUGCGCGCCAUUCUUAUCCGCACUCACAUGCUUGACCUUAUCCACACCACCGAGGAGACGCACUACGAGGCCUACCGCGCGCAGCAGAUGGAGACGAGGAAGUUUGGCGAGGCGCGUCCGCGGAAGCUGGACAACCCCAAGUUCAAGGAAGAGGAAGAGGCGCUGCGCAAGCGCUUCACGGAGCAGGUCAAGGUCGAGGAACAGCGUUUCCGCCAGUGGGAGCAGAAGCUCAUCUCGGAGCGCGACCGCCUCAACAAGGACCUGGAGCAGAGCCACGCCCUCAUCAAGCAGCUCGAAGGCGAGGUCGAGCAGAUGCAGGGCAGCGUCACGCGCUCGCACGGCCGCCGUUGA